GAUUUUAAUGACGUUUUUCAGCAGGAUAUUGGCUCUUUUCAAAGGGAAAAAUAAUAUGAAAAAAUCAGCGGCAAUAGAUUUCGGGUUAUCUUUAUUGAUUUCUGCGAGUACUUGGAGAUUGUGUGCAACAUGCCCAACAAAAUCUGAGGUCAGGUACUCUCGAGCAGAGGCCGCAGUGGAUCGCAUAACGGCGAAGCUGGAAGAAUGCUGGAACUAUACCGCCUAUCGCCAGAUCGAGCAGGCGGAAAUAACGUACUCGAGGAAAAAUCCUAUUUGGCUGCCGGCGCUCUCUCCGCCCCCGCCCGAUCCUAAAGGUUACGUGCGGCGGCCGUAUUUGGACGAGACGAUCGCCCUGACAUGUGCGCCCGGCCCGACUCAGCCGAAUAUUGUGUGGAAACAUAACGGUCAGGUGAUUGCCGCCCAGCAGACCGUGGGCGACCUUCGCUAUACCCGCACCAGCGACAACAACCUCGUGCUGCACAAUAUCACCUACGCGGCGUGGGGCAAGUUCGAAUGCCUGCGGCGCUGUCAGCAGAAUGGGAUGGAAGCGUUGUGCUUGCAAGCGGAGCACUGGGUGUUUCCCAAACCGUUGCCUGAAGGCCACGAGGUGUUCGCGCAGCGAAUGCCACCGGUGAUUGUGCCGCGAUAUAUGCCAUUUUCGUCCACCUGCCAACUGGCGUUCCCUUGUAGCCAGGAUCCGCAGCAGCACUUCAUCUGGCGCUAUCAGGGAAUUUACCUUUCCUGGCCGCCGGGUCACUACCUACAGCAGACGUCCUGUAUCGAAACCGACCGGCAAACGCUGAUGGUCCACACCAACACCUCCGAAGUAACAGGGACCGAUGGCCGCCGACACUGUGCUUCGAGGCUGACCCUGCAGGUUCCCUGGCCGAAUCACACGGGCGCCAAGCUAGCGUGUUGGGCGCGCUCUGACACCACCCAGCAGCAGUGGUUCAUCCUUACCACUCCCGUGCAGUUCAACGGAAGCCUGCCCUUUCCAGGAUAACUGAUGGUGGCUUGUUUCGUA